AUGGACGGCAGCCAUGAAGAUGUCAAGGAUGAGAAGCUCGUCAAAACUGUGGUCAAAACCUUGAACCGUGUUCCCCGUGAGUUCAAACAAGCAUUAUCUUUCGCUGAUGUUGAGACGUGUAGGCGCCUGUGUACGAACCUUGCUUUCACGAUUUUAUCCUUGUCCACUAAAAGAGCCUCCAGUCAGCCUGUCGGAAGCAAAAAAUGCGCUGUGAGGGUGCGGAGAAUCCGCCGUGUAGUCAACGAUUAUCCAAGGCGAUGUCGGAACACGGGCCUUGAAUGCCUCUUCGAGAAACCUACCCGUGAAACGACGCUUACCGGCGAAGCUGGGCUUGAGCGUAUCCGUAGCUUGGAAGCGCAUGUAGCGGACAUCAGACAAACCCAAGCUUCAAUCCAGUCGUCUGUUGCCGAGGUUCUGGCACUCUUACGCGGUGGGGGCAUGGCGCGUUCACCUUCAUACCCACCCCAAUCCUACAACCAAUCUCCUCAUUCUCCAAUGGUGGCCAGCCCUCCUUCCGCCCAUCCACAUCAGAAUGAAGUUUCCCAUCAUUUGGCGCGUCCACGCCAUCAAGGGCAUCCCAGCCCUCCAGCCUAUCCUCCCCACUAUCAACAAAGCAACGUGCUUCCUCCCUUUUCGAGCAUUCAGACUAUGGGCCCUCCAGCCUCUCAAGCCAACAUCUCUUCGGUUCGCUACGACGGGCAUAGCAGACAGGCUCAGCACAACCAGCCUACCAGAAGACACGCUUCUGGAUCAGCCAAUGUUACCAGUGCAGACUCUUCUGACAUGGACGAUGAAGACAACGGGGAGCUACCGGAAACGGGCCUUGUCGCUCCACUGGAAGUACUAAGAGGCUUAGCUGAUGUAGCUACAGAACGUGCUGCCCAUGAAAAUGGGGACAGCAGUGGGCCACACAGUCGAGGUCGGACUCCCUCACCGGACCCCCAGAGUCGUAAGCGACGCAAACUCCACCACAAAUCGCGACCUGCCUACAUCUUCCCCGAUGUUGUGACCAAAAAUAUCGUAUCGGAGGCAGAAGCGCGGGAGCUUUUCAGAAUAUUUUAUCAUGGAUGCUCAACAUUUCUUCCGGUGUUUGAUUGCAACUCUGAUACGUUUGAUGCCCUCCAUGAACGCUCGCCAUUUGCCGUUGACUGCAUAUGCAUGGUUGCUGCACGUGUUCGAGAUGGGGGAGGAAGAUCCAGUCAAACGUAUCUUCAAACCUUAGAAGAAGUACAAACCAUCUCGCGCGCAACACUCUUCUCGCCAGUCUCCCGACACGAGGCAGUCCAAGCCAUGAUCUUGGUUGCAGGUUGGGCAGAUAACGGCUGGUUGAGCGGUGGGCAUGCUGUCCGAAUGGUAUGUCACGAUUCAUCAAGUGCAUUUGCUCUAACAUCUCUCAAGGCAAUGGAACUCUCAAUGCACAAGGCCUGGCCCGCCCUAUUGAAGCGAAUGAACUCUAACCAAGUUGAUCUGGUUGCGGAUCGAGAGCUGGUUGUCGCGUCCCGAAUUUGGUUCUGUUUGUAUCUUUUCGAACAUCAACUCUCAUAUGGAACUGGCCGUCCAGCUGUUCUCAAGGAUGACGAAAGUAUCAAGCACUGUCGUCUUCUUCUCCAGCAUCCUUUAGCCAUCGAAGACGACAUGCGCCUCGUUUCCACUGUUGAAUUAAUGGCUCUUAGGGAACGAGUGCACAAUGCGUUGUCACCUUUUGAUGGCCCAGUCAAGGAUGAACAUUUUGAGGAAUUGCGCCGAGCGGAUGUCAAUUUCCGCAGUUGGUACGCUACAUGGGAUCAAGCGUUUUCGCAGAAAUAUGAGGAUGCUGCUUUUUAUCGGCAAUCUCUACAAAUCCAACAUCUGCAUGCUGAAUUAUUCCACAACGCGACAGCUCUCCGAGGCAUCAAUGGUCCUGAGGACGUUCAGAACAUGCCCCAGCAGCAAAAGCAUCUAGCGCUUCGGUCCAUCCAGAUUGCGCGUCAAGGGCUAGACAUAACAGUCAACUCUCCAGCAUAUCGCGAGGGUAUGAAAUAUGCGGUCAAUUACACGCACGCGACUGCUACAUUCGCUGCUUCAUUCCUCCUUCGCCUGUCCCGACUCUUUCCAAAUGAUAGUGAGAUGGCUGAGAUACGUAAUCAAGUUGAACGAUUGGCGACAUUGAUGGCUGAAAUUCCGGGCAAACGUUAUGCGUUGACUCUGCAGGUCAUGCUCAAGCGUUCGCGCAAGCGCAAAUCGGCUUCUUCUGCAUCCCGUUCCCCUAAAACAACACGGGACGCUCACCACCCAAUGGCUAUGCCGAUCGACCAGGGUCAUCACCAACCUCAACACCCUGAACCAUUUUCUCCGUACGAUGCAACUUUCGCUAGCCCCACGACGGCACACCCGCCCCACCCACCCCAUCAUCCGAGCGAAGCUGAGCACAUUUGGCGGGGAUUCGAGAUGACCGCUAGCGAACAGCUGCCAGUUUGGAUAUCAGACCAGUCUUUGGGUGGAAAUUCCUUCUCGCAGAACGGGAUCAAUGCUUUCCUUCUUCCACAGGACUAUUUACCCGCAACACCUCAAAUCUGGUGA